AAGCUGUCCAGAGAACUUUUAUGUGGCUUUAAUAAAACGCGCAUGCGCAGGACAAUACCUUCUAGAAUCGCCUAAACGUUUCAGUUGAAGUUGUGUUUGGCGUUCAUAUCUGUUAUCGGUAGCGAUUUACACUGAACAUCAUGCAGUUGUUUGUUCGUGGCCAGACUCUGCACUCUAUUCAUUUGAAUGGCUCAGAGACUGUUGCCCAAAUCAAGGCUCAGAUUGAAGCUUUGGAGGGCCUGGCGUGUGAUGAUCAGAUCAUUUCUCUCUGUGGGGUUCCUCUGGAGGAUCAGACUCUGAUCUGUCAGUCUGGGAUCGAGGACUUCAACACUCUCGAGGUCACAUCGAGGCUCUUAGGAGGCAAAGUCCAUGGUUCCCUGGCAAGAGCAGGCAAAGUCAGAGGACAAACUCCCAAAGUGGACAAGCAGGAGAAGAAAAAGAAAAAGACCGGCAGAGCAAAAAGAAGAAUUCAGUAUAACCGACGCUUUGUCAAUGUUGUCCCAACGUUCGGCAAAAAGAAAGGGCCAAAUGCUAACUCAUAAUUGGCUUUUAAAAAUGACUGUCAGAGUUCAAUGCAUUCCCGAAUAAUUAACUUUUGUUGACUAGUAUGACAUUCCUGAUGGGGGAAAACAAAUGUAAAAUCAAGGUGAAUCAUAAAAAUUUAUUAUUUUGGGCACUUUGUAUAUUAUAAUAAUUUGUAAAAUGUCAUUAUAAUAUUGUAAUUAACGGAAUCAAUUCGAUGAAAGAAAGAAAUUGCUUUUGUAAGUUGCAAAUAAAAACAUUUAAUGAAAACA